CCUGAGGCGACGGCUGAGGUAGCGGCUGGGGUUGUGGUCGCGGCCCUGCAGCUGCCGGCUGUCCGCCCGCUGCCGUGUGGGCCCGCGGGCGAUGGUGCGGCGGAGCGCGCGGACGCGGGCGGCGCGGCGGCGGGCAUGAAGGAGGAUGGAAGGGCAGGACGAGGUGUCGGCGCGGGAGCAGCACUUCCACAGCCAAGUGCGGGAGUCCACGAUUUGUUUCCUUCUUUUUGCCAUUCUCUACAUUGUCUCCUACUUCAUCAUCAGAAGAUACAAGAGAAAGUCAGAUGAACAAGAAGAUGAAGAUGCCAUAGUCAACAGGAUUUCGUUGUUUCUGAGCACGUUCACUCUAGCAGUUUCGGCUGGGGCUGUUUUGCUUUUACCCUUCUCAAUAAUCAGCAAUGAAAUCCUGCUUGCUUUUCCUCAGAACUACUAUAUUCAGUGGCUAAAUGGCUCCCUGAUUCAUGGUUUGUGGAACCUUGCUUCUCUCUUUUCCAAUCUUUGUUUAUUUGUGUUGAUGCCCUUUGCCUUUUUCUUUCUGGAAUCAGAAGGUUUUGCUGGCCUAAAAAAGGGAAUCCGAGCCCGAAUUUUAGAAACCCUGGUCAUGCUUAUUCUUCUUGCCUUGCUUAUUCUUGGGAUGGUGUGGGUGGCCUCUGCCCUCGUUGACAAUGACGCUGCCAGUAUGGAGUCUUUAUAUGAUCUCUGGGAGUUCUACCUACCUUAUUUGUACUCCUGUAUAUCAUUGAUGGGGUGUUUGUUACUUCUCUUGUGCACUCCAGUUGGCCUCUCCCGCAUGUUCACAGUAAUGGGGCAGCUCUUGGUGAAGCCAGCAAUUCUCGAAGACCUGGAUGAACAAAUUUAUAUGAUUACCCUAGAGGAAGAAGCACUCCAGAGACGACUAAAUGGACUGUCUUCGUCAGUGGAAUACAAUAUGAUGGAGUUGGAACAAGAACUUGAAAAUGUGAAGACUCUUAAGACAAAAUUAGAGAGGCGCAAAAAGGCUUCAGCGUGGGAAAGAAAUUUGGUGUAUCCUGCAGUUAUGGUUCUCCUUCUUAUUGAGACAUCUAUUUCAGUCCUCUUGGUGGCUUGUAAUAUUCUUUGCCUGUUGGUUGAUGAAACAGCAAUGCCAAAGGGAACAAGGGGGCCUGGAAUAGGAAAUGCUUCUCUCUCUGCCUUUGGCUUUGUGGGAGCUGCACUUGAAAUCAUUUUGAUUUUCUAUCUUAUGGUGUCCUCUGUUGUUGGUUUCUAUAGCCUUCGAUGUUUUGGAAACUUUAUUCCCAAGAAGGAUGACACGACUAUGACAAAGAUCAUUGGGAACUGUGUGUCAAUCCUGGUCUUGAGCUCCGCACUGCCUGUGAUGUCAAGAACACUGGGAAUCACUAGAUUUGAUCUACUUGGAGACUUUGGAAGGUUUAAUUGGCUGGGAAAUUUCUAUAUUGUGUUAUCCUACAAUUUGCUUUUUGCUAUUGUGACAACACUGUGUCUGGUCAGAAAAUUCACGUCUGCUGUGCGAGAAGAGCUGCUCAAGGCCCUAGGGCUUCAUAAACUUCACUUAUCAAAUACUCCAAGGGAUUCAGAAACAGCAAAGCCUUCUGCAAAUGGGCACCAGAAAGCCCUGUGAGACAUGCAGCACCUCUCUGCAAUCAAGAGCCGAGACCCAGACUUGUGACAUUCCUGCCGGUCAGGCACGUUUCCCGCCGGCUGUGGCCCACGGUCAGGGCCUGGGCCUGUCAGUGUCCCCUUUUCACAAUCUGAGAGCUUGGCUGUCGCGGGUCAUCUUUUUAUCUAACCUUGGGGUGGACCUUGUAGUGUCCAGCCAUGCGCAGGCUCCUGAGGGAGCACAGCUCGGUCCUCUGCGGUGCCCCUUGGCAGAACCACCCACGUGAGAAUGUCAGAAAAGGCAAACUUGGGGGCUUUCUGAGGAUUCAGUUGAAUCUCAUAUAUUUCCUUCAAAAGGUAGACACCUACAUAGAAGGUACCCUCGGUAUUUAGACGUGAAGUUUCUGCCAGAAACGAAGAUUUGCAGGUGUCAUUACAGUGGGAGCGCUGGGACUGCAACGGUUGCAAGUUACGGUUUUCACUUCCUUAAGGAAAAGGCAAAGGCAUGGUUCUGAUUUGUGUUACAAAAUGACAUUGAUUGGAUUUUGAGUCAAGGGAAGAAUACAACAUUCUUUCAAAACCGGAGCCUGGGUAGAACGCCACAGGAAUAGCUGCUCUGUCCGGCGUGAGAGGCGGCGUGGAGGCGCUCCCGAGCGCCGCUGCCCGGCGGCGUCCGUGCUUGAGUCGCCGUUACCUCUCGUGGCAGGGCUGCUGGCACUGAGCACGCUUGUAACUUAGACUUUGUCUUGCAGGCUGUAUGUACACUCAGUUGUUUUUAAACUUUUUUUUUUUUCAGAAAUCCCUUGAUUCUCUAUGCUCCUGUGUCCAUCCUGUGAAACUAAGUGCUCUGUGGUAGAAGCCCCGCUAGCGCCGCGCUCCUCAGGCUGUGUCACUUCUGUGCUCGCCAACUUAGCGCUCAGGCUCUAAGCAGUGACCGUCCAGCCCCACAGCGCGCAGCAGCAGUGUCCGCGGGGUGGGGGUUCUGCUGGGUCCCUGAUGAGCAUGCAGCUGGUAGACUGCAGAGCACCCUUGGGAUGGUUUCUGGACUUUGAGGCCACUGAAUAAACACCCUGUGUUGCCCGCUGGGACAGAGCACCAGAAGCCACGCGUGCUCAGCCUGCGGCCCUGGGAACGCACACGUUCAUGCGCGCUGCGUGUACGCUGGUGAGUGUCUGUGUUCAGACAAAAGAAAAGAACACUUUUCUCAAAUGGUUGAAUUUAAAGGGGUUUUUUUUAAGAGAAAUUUAUGAAAAACGGGCUGUUUCCACUCAGAGCUAAAAUAAUAAGAAAAAGUUACGUACACUCUGCUGCGUGUGCCUCUCCUGUGUUUACACCCCUGCACUCCCUCUCGAGCUUCUCUCCUUGUUGCAGUGCAGCUUAGCUUUGAAAUAGAAGAGCACUUUAUGAUUCUAAGCAACGUUCAGUACAUACCACCAGUCUAGUACGGGCGAGUUUCUCAGCGUAAGACCCACAUACAUACUGGGAGAAUGAGUGACAGUUGUCUGCUUUCUGAUUUUACUGGUAAUGCUACCUGUUUACGUGUUCAUUGUGAGUCUUGAUUUUCACUCAGACUUGCCUGCUCCGAGCAGACCAGGCCAGGGGCAGCAGAGAGACCCCCCUGAGUAAGCGAACGUCACUUUCAGCUCCCACCGCUUCAGGGCGCGUUGGAGGGAGGGUUCUGGGCGUCCGGAAGGUGCCUGAGAUGUUUUGAGUCAAGUACAGAACUUUUCAAUGUCUGUGUCAAUUCCCUGUUCACUUGAAAGUCUCCUCCCAGGACAGAAGUGAAGCCGGGCUUGGAGUAGUUAGGAGUAAGGUGUGUGACAGACUCCUAAAGCUCUUACUGGAUGCUUCCUCACAGCCGUGUUGAACUAGAGGACACGCAGCACGUGGAGGGGCUGUUUCGGGGUCGCAGGUGCCUUCUGGAGAUGGGUGCAGGUCGUCAGGUGCCCGGCCUGAAGGUGAUGUGUACAGACACCUAGUGUGUCCCUGGUCACACACGUGAGAAUCUGCCUCUUGAGUGAGACCCUCACUGUGAGUGCAGGUGCUUCUCUGGGCCCCUCGCCGGGGGCUGGUGUAUGACGCGUCGGCAGGAGCGGGUGGCAGCGCACUGCGGCCCAGCCCUUGUAGGGCCCGAAGGACGGGCGUCCUGCCACUGCAGCUGUGAGCGCCGGCGCAGGAGGGGCGGCGAGGCCUCAGCUCCAAGGUCCUGGCGCUGGCAGCCCGCUGGGCCUGGGGCUGCCCUCCUCCUCGGGGAUGGAGGGCAUCGGGACCACAUUAAAGCCCGUGCUGCUUUGAUUUCCUCUCCCCUCGGGGGCCUGUUGUAGCCGGGCGCUGGGGGCCGCGGUUUGGUCUUCUGAGGGUCCCCACCGGUUCUCAUUGUCAGUUGGUUCUGCGGUACUUAAGUAAAUUGUACAGUUAGAAAGUUUAUAGAUUUAACAUUUGUAAUGAUUUUUACUGAUUUUCCAAGACAUUUCUUUGAUUUAAUGUUUAUUUAGCUUUAUGUACAUUCUAUAUAAAAAUAGACCUGCUCAAAAUAUAAGACUUUAUAUGAAACUUAGAGACAUGCACACGAACGUUAGCGCCUUCAGUGCCAUGCUGAGGGUUGACGCUGGAGGAGAGUGACCCACCCCUGGUGGUUCUUACUCUCGGCUGCGUCCAGGCUGCAUGUACACCUGCCCGUAGGGCAUUGACACCUGCCUGGCUUUGCUGGAGCACAGUCGACCUGCCUGUGGCCUCAGUAACCACCUGACAUGCCAGCAACACAGGCUUACAUGUUGAAAGCCCUGUGUGGCUCUCUGUGUGGUUCGCACAGUACGUAGAGGAGAAGGGGACAGUUCUCACAGUAAUUUUCUUGAAAAAUAUGAGCAUACAUGCAGUACUGACUUUAAACUUUAAAAACAUUGGUAUGAUGUUCCUUUAAAAAUAAUGUUCGGAUGCAUGGAAAGUUGUUUUUGUUUACAGAGUGUUUUGUUUACAAGUCAGUCUUGUUUGUUUCUGUGAGAUACUUUAGUGUGACUUUAAAUAUCUCAGAAAUUAAAGGUUUACAAAAAAGUGAUUUCACAUUUUGGUUUACAAGCACUCAGAUGUGUGUUUGUUUUUUGUGUUUUUAAUCUUAAAGACCAUCAUGGCUAAAACUUAGUGGUGUAUGUUGGCUGCUGUCAUUCGGGUGUCAUUAGGGGCAAUAAUGACCCUGGUGCGACGCUGGGCUGAGGAGGUGGGUGUUUUCUGCCUUUUUGUUGGGGAGUUUUUGUGUAUCAGUUUCUUGCAACCUAAAAUGUAGCAUCAAUAAUUGAAAUCACGGUUGUUAGCUUCUUUAAUUGUUCAAAUUAUUUAGAUUUGAUUUCUCUGACUUCUUCCAUUGAAGGACUGAGCCACACCUGAAUGUGGUCUGGGCGGCCUAGUCCAGGGAGUGCCGGGGAGGUAGAUGCCCUUCGCUUCUGCUUCACUCACUGCAAGCAGGAGCCUCUGGGUCAGUGGCUUUCAGACUUUUGGCCACUGUAACUCACUCACACGCACACGCACACACACACACACACUUCUGUACAUAUAAACAAACAUUUAACAGAACAGUACUUACGUUACUGUGCGAGAUGCAUGCUGGUAUAUUCUGUUCUGUUUUGUUGUUGUUUUUUAAAAUAUUGGACAGAAACCACCAAGUCAUUUCCUGGUUGAAAGAAGAAUGAAUCUGGUUGAAAGAAGGGAUACAAAGACCUUUUUUUGACUUUGAAUAUUGUUCAGGUAAAAUUCAUUAUUACAAAUGCCACUGAAGCAAAAGGAUUGCAUAUGCAGAUUACUUGUUGCACUGCAAAGAAUGUCAUUAAAAUCAGUAGAAAUUGCUAAAACUCUUAAAAA